AAUUGGACAACCAGCUAUAAACAAUUUUACUUUUAAAAAAGCGUGGCAGUCGUUAUCACGGCCAUCGUCAUAACCAACGUUCCCAGUCGCUAAAUCGCGGACAAGCGCUCUCCCAAGCAGAUGUAAGCGGCAUGUGGUGACAUCGGGGUGCCUCUGGUAAAGCAGGAGGACAGACUGGUUGUGCUAGCUGCGCCAUGGGUAAUAAAUUAAGCUGCUCCUGCGCACCGCUUAUGCGCAAAGCUUAUCGUUACGAAGAUUCUCCAUGGCAAACAUCUCGUCGUCGCGAUGGUCACCUUUUAAGUUCGUUCAGGUUGUGGGCUGAGGUAUUUCACGUUUCGGCAAGCGGUGCUGGAACAGUUAAAUGGCAACAAGUAUCUGAAGAUUUGGUUCCUGUUAAUAUAACAUGUAUCCAAGAUUCACCCGAAUGCGUUUUUCAUAUAACCGCCUACAACAGUCAAGUGGAUAAAAUACUCGAUGUGCGACUUGUACAACCAGGUACUCGUAUUGGACAAGCGUCUGAAUGCUUCGUCUACUGGAAAGAUCCAAUGACAAAUGACACAUGGGGUCUAAAUUUCACAUCACCGAUUGAUGCUAAACAAUUUCGAGAAUGUUGUAAAAAUGCAAAACGAUUUAAAACUAUCGCACGUAUCCUUUACUAUAACUCCCUUUCAUAUCCCAUACAUCCUGAGCCCGAUGACUCCUAAAAGCCUAAAAUCCCAUUAAAAGAAAUCUACUAAAAAAUGGCGGUUAAUCGUUAAUUAAACUACACAA